GGCGGCGGCAGUGGCGGUGGCUAGUGUCGGCCGUUGAGACGCCUCUGCGGCAGCUGGUGGCGCAGGUGGCUCUCGUGGACGCGGGCAGAGGCGGCCAGCCCGCCACCGCAGCCCCAGCACCCGCGCCUCGGCAGCCGCGUCUCAACGCCCCGAGGCAUCCGUCCCCGGCCCCCCGAUCCUGGGCUUCCAUCCGCCCUCGCACCUCUAGGUCCCCACCCGAGCUCACCACCUUCUGGCUUCAGGACCCCAGGCUUCGCCCCCGGAAAGAUGACUCGCGAUUUCAAACCUGGAGACCUCAUCUUUGCCAAGAUGAAAGGUUACCCUCAUUGGCCGGCUCGGGUAGAUGAAGUUCCUGAUGGAGCUGUAAAGCCACCUACAAACAAACUACCCAUAUUCUUUUUUGGAACUCAUGAGACUGCAUUUUUAGGACCAAAGGAUAUAUUUCCAUACUCAGAGAAUAAGGAGAAGUAUGGCAAACCAAAUAAACGAAAAGGAUUUAAUGAAGGUUUAUGGGAGAUAGAUAACAAUCCAAAAGUGAAAUUUUCAAGUCAGCAGACAUCAACUAAACAAUCAAAUGCAUCAUCUGAUGUUGAAGUGGAAGAAAAAGAAACUAAUGUUUCAAAGGAAGAUACUGAUCAUGAAGAAAAAGCCAGCAAUGAAGAUAUGACAAAAGCUAUUGACAUAACCACUCCAAAAGCUGCCCGACGAGGAAGAAAGAGAAAGGCAGAAAAACAAGUAGAAACUGAGGAGGCAGGAGUGGUAACAGCAGCAACAGCAUCUGUUAAUCUGAAAGUGAGUCCUAAAAGAGGACGACCUGCAGCUACGGAGGUCAAGAUUCCAAAACCAAGAGGCAGACCUAAAAUAGUAAAACAGCCCUGUCCUUCAGAGAGUGACAUGGUUGCUGAUGAAGAUAAAAGUAAGAAAAAGGGGCAAGAGGAAAAACAACCUAAAAAGCAACUUAAAAAGGAAGAGGAAGGCCAAAAGGAAGAGGAUAAGCCAAGAAAAGAACCAGAUAAAAAAGAGGGGAAGAAAGAAGUUGAGUCAAAAAGGAAAAACUUACCUAAAACUGGGGUUGCAUCAACUUCUGAUUCUGAAGAGGAAGGAGAUGAUCAAGAAGGUGAAAAGAAGAGGAAGGGUGGAAGAAACUUUCAGACUGCUCACAGGAGGAAUAUGUUGAAAGGGCAGCAUGAGAAAGAAGCAGCAGAUCGAAAACGCAAGCAGGAGGAACAAAUGGAGACAGAACAGCAGAAUAAAGAUGAAGGAAAGAAGCCAGAAGUUAAGAAGGUGGAGAAGAAGCGAGAAACAUCAAUGGAUUCUCGACUUCAAAGGAUACAUGCAGAAAUUAAAAAUUCACUCAAAAUUGAUAAUCUCGAUGUGAACAGGUGCAUUGAAGCCUUGGACGAGCUUGCUUCACUUCAGGUAACAAUGCAACAAGCUCAGAAGCAUACAGAGAUGAUUACAACCCUGAAAAAGAUACGGCGAUUCAAGGUUAGUCAAGUUAUUAUGGAAAAGUCUACAAUGUUGUAUAACAAGUUUAAGAACAUGUUUUUGGUUGGUGAAGGAGAUUCUGUCAUCACACAAGUGCUAAAUAAGUCUCUUGCUGAACAAAGACAGCAUGAGGAAGCAAAUAAAACCAAAGAUCAAGGGAAGAAAGGGCCAACCAAAAAGCUAGAGAAGGAACAACCAGGUUCAAAGUCUGUGAAUGGAGGAUCUGAUACACAAGAUAUUAAUCACCCACAACACAAUGGUGACAGCAAUGAAGAGAGCAAAGACAGUCAUGAGGCCAGCAGCAAGAAGAAGCCAUCUGGAGAAGAGAGAGACACUGAACUAUCUUUGAAGGAUUCUACCCUGGAUAACUAGGUUGACAGAUCCAGUAUAAAAAGAACCAUUUAUGAUGUUUUUAAUGGUUUCAUAUAGACUGUGGAAAGUUUUAAAUUUUUAUAAGCAUAGGUUUUGAUGUUUAAGACUUAUUUUGGGGGGGGCAAAAAUUCCUUUAUCUUGUUGAAAAGUAAUUAAACAUUGCUAAUCGUAUUUGUGCAGUAUUAACCAGCUACAUUAUAUAGUAAAUAUGGGGGAAAUCCACUUAUGUUAAACUGCUUUUCAGACAUUGGUUGUAGCAUAUUUCUGGUGUGUAUAGGUUAUUGUGUAAUUGUUGGUAGAACAAUGUUACAUUUUUAAAAACUGCUACUUGUAUAAAUCUUUACUCUUUUCCCAAAUACUGUGGGUUUUGUGCAUAGUUUUUACAAAUCUUGGAUUUGCCAGACUGUCUUUUCACUGUUGGUGGGUUUUUGUACAAGUUGGGCAUUUUUAUGGUUGAUAAAAUGAAAGCAACAUUUUAUCAGAAGUUCCUUUUAAUCUGUCUAUAUUGUGCUGCCUCUUUGUAAACAAGGGUGUGGUCUGUACUGUUUUUUUGUAAUACAACUAGAUGUCCAACUGAUUGCUCUAGAAGAUAUAAAUUCAAGUUAACUUUUGAAGGUAACUUAGUUUUAUGGCUGCAAAUGAAAUAAAGUUACACAUUUUCCUUCAGACAAUACACUGGGUAUAAAUAGGAAAUUAAUCUGAUUGCAGGUUUCAAGAAUAUGAGAUCCUUUAAAACCUAGUUUGCUUUUUACAUCAUUAGUAAGUUUCUAAGUAAUACUCUUUAAGGAAUUCAGAAUAUUUUUUUAAUUGGAAAAAAAAAAUCCCUGCUUAUGUGAUAAAUUUAAAUAAAUGCUAUAUAAGGAACCUAACCUGUUUGAAAACAUGUCAUAUUAGAAAGGAAUGUGUAAUUCAUUUCUGCAUGAUACAUGUAACAGGACUAUAGCCAAGACAGUCCCUCAGAGUGAACCAGUGUUGAUGAAAAAUAAUUGAGUGUUAGGUAUAGGUAGAAGGAUACAUUCUUGUUUUGAAAUUUUGUGGUAAAGUGACUUAAGACAGUAUUUGUGUGUGACAUGCAAUAUGUAUGUUCUGACUCCCAAUUUACACAUAGAAACUGAGUCAGUUCAGUAACUGUUUUGAGGGAACCCUGUAAUGUUAUAAUAAGUCUUCAGUUUUAACUUGGACAGAAUUUAUUCUAGCUAAGCCAUAAGCAUUGAUGUGUAAACUUGGUUUGAUUAAAGAAUUUUUUUUAACCAAA